UCGCUAUCGCGUGCAGCCCACGUCACACCCUGCUCUCGUUUUCGCGGGUAAAGACAACCAGAAACAGGAACACAGUCAGAAUUGGCGGGAGAAGCUAGUGACGUAGGUGUUGUAAUGUGAAACUUGUGACAACGCGAUCGCAUUCACACCUGUGUUCGGUGUGGGCACUAUCACAGGGGGUUUGGCCGAUCGGAUCGCAAUCCUUCAGGGCGUCUUGGGGAUGAAGGUAGAAAGUGUGUGUGAGCUGAUGUGGAUGUGAACUGAGCAGCAUGAAUCAGUGUGAGGACAGAGAGGAGGGAGUCCCUCCCUCUAAAACCACUCUGUGUGGGGAACAUGAGAGCCAGACCAAGGCUCAGAGCCCUGACCCUGGACCCAGCUGUGUGUCCUUCAAGAGUGACAGGUCAAAUGAUCUCUACAUUGAUUUUAAAGCCUCUGCUGCAAAGAGGAGGAAACUCAAGUGUAGUGACUGGUGUAUGGAUUAUACCAUGUCCUUCAUAGAUGAACGUCACAAUGUUGAUCAAAGCAGGAUCUAUGGCAGACCAGGCUCCGCUGAAUCUGGACGCAGCUGUGUGUCCUUCAAGAGUGACAGGUCAAAUGAUCUCUACAUUGAUUUUAAAGGUAGACAACCCUCUGCUGCAAAGAGGAAACUGGAAAAACCUGGACCCAGCUGUGUGUCCUUCAAGAGUGACAGGUCAAAUGAUCUCUACAUUGAUUUUAAAGGUAGACAACCCUCUGCUGCAAAGAGGUUAAACCAGAAAACAUCAGAAGUUGCCAGUGGUCAGUCUGCCCAGCAACAUCAAACACACCUCGACUCCAUAUUUAAGCUGCUGGAGGAGGACAUUGUCACUUUUGUGAAGAAGGAUCUGAAGAAGAUCCAGAAGGUUCUGAGUCCAGAUUACCCAGAAUGCUUAGAGAGUCAGAGGGAGGAUGAGGAGGUGUUGGACAGUGAGGAUGAAGAGCAGAGGAGGAGCAGCAGAGAGGCAUUUCUGAAGAUCACACUGAACUUCCUGAGGAGAAUGAAGCAGGAGGAGCUGGCUGACUGUCUGCACAGCAGAUACAUUGCUCCACUUUGUCAACAUAAAUUCAAGUCUAACCUGAAGGAGAAGUUCCAGUGUGUGUUUGAGGGGAUCGCUAAAGCAGGAAACCCAACACUUCUGAAUCAGAUCUACACAGAGCUCUACAUCACAGAGGGAGGGACUGGACAGAUCAAUGAUGAACAUGAGAUCAGACAGAUUGAAACAACAUCCAGGAAACUACACAGACCAGAAACAACCAUCAGACAAGAAGAGCUCUUUAAAGCCUCACCUGGAAGAGAUGAACCAAUCAGAACAGUGAUGACAAAGGGAGUGGCUGGCAUCGGGAAAACAGUCUUAACUCAGAAGUUCACUCUGGACUGGGCUGAAGACAAAGCCAACCAGGACAUACACUUCACAUUUCCAUUCACUUUCAGAGAGCUGAAUGUGCUGAAAGAGAAAAAGUUGAGCUUGGUGGAACUUGUUCAUCACUUCUUUACUGAAACCAAAGAAGCAGGAAUCUGCAGGUUUGAAGAGUUCCAGGUUGUGUUCAUCUUUGACGGUCUGGAUGAGUGUCGACUUCCUCUGGACUUCCACAACACUGAGACCCUGACUGAUGUUACAGAGUCCACCUCAGUGGAUGUGCUGCUGACAAACCUCAUCAGGGGGAAACUGCUUCCCUCUGCUCGCCUCUGGAUAACCACACGACCUGCAGCAGCCAAUCAGAUCCCUCCUGAGUGUGUUGACAUGGUGACAGAGGUCAGAGGGUUCACUGACCCACAGAAGGAGGAGUACUUCAGGAAGAGGUUCAGAGAUGAGGAGCAGGGUAACAGGAUCAUCUCCCACAUCGAGACCUCACGAAGCCUCCACAUCAUGUGCCACAUCCCAGUCUUCUGCUGGAUCACUGCUUCAGUUCUGGAGGAUGUGUUGAAAACCAGAGAAGGAGGAGAGCUGCCCAAGACCCUGACUGAGAUGUACAUCCACUUCCUGGUGGUUCAAUUCAAACUGAAGAACAUCAAGUAUGAUGGAGGAGCUGAGACAGAUCCACACUGGAGUCCAGAGAGCAGGAAGAUGAUUGAGUCUCUGGGGAAACUGGCUUUUGAGCAGCUGCAGAAAGGAAACCUGAUCUUCUAUGAAUCAGACCUGACAGAGUGUGGCAUCGAUAUCAGAGCAGCCUCAGUUUACUCAGGAGUGUUCACACAGAUCUUUAAAGAGGAGAGAGGACUGUACCAGGACAAGGUGUUCUGCUUCGUCCAUCUGAGUGUUCAGGAGUUUCUGGCUGCUCUUCAUGUCCAUCUGACCUUCACCAACUCUGGACUCAAUCUGCUGUCUGAAUCAAGAUCAACCUCCCAGAAGUCUGAAACAAGAAUAGAUGAAUCUGUAGAGACACUCUUCUACCAGAGUGCUGUGGACAAGGCCUUACAGAGUCCAAAUGGACACCUGGACUUGUUCCUUCGUUUCCUCCUGGGUCUUUCACUGCAGACCAAUCAGAUUCUCCUACAAGGUCUGCUGACUCAGACAGGAAGUGGCUCACAGACCAAUCAGGAAACAGUCCAGUACAUCAAGAAGAAGAUUGAAGAGACUCCCUCUGCAGAGAAAAGCAUCAACCUGUUCCACUGUCUGAAUGAACUGAAUGAUUGUUCUCUAGUGGAGCAGAUCCAACAGUACCUGAGUUCAGGAAGUCUCUCUACAGAUAAACUGUCUCCUGCUCAGUGGUCAACUCUGGUCUUCAUCUUACUGUCUUCUGAAAAAGAUCUGGACGUGUUUGACCUGAAGAAAUACUCUGCUUCAGAGGAGGCUGUUCUGAGGCUGCUGCCAGUGGUCAAAGCCUCCAACAAAGCUCUGUAA